GUAAAAUAGCAGUAAAUCUGAAAAACAUAGUUCUUUAGGGACUAGUUUGCCUUACAGUGCCCUGCAUGUACCUUUCCAUCAUGAAAGGAUUAAAAAAGUACAAUUUAUUGCAAAACUAUCCUCAAACAAUGCCUCAGACAUCAGGCAGCAUAUUCAUAUUUCACAUAAUAGUACUCUUCAGAUGUCUGGUUCCCAUCACCACCACUGUGAACAACUCUGACUGCAUGUUUUUCUGUAACUGAGCAUUACAAAUCAAACCACUCGAAAUGACGUUUUUUACAUCUUAACCAUUUAAUUAUUCGUAACUUUUGAAAAAUUGGUGGAAUUCUGCUUUAAUUACUGUUUAUCUGAUGGUGACAGUUUUGGUGCUCUACCAGGUCUUGCAGGGUUGUUGAACUAGGAUUGGAAACUUCUGUUUGUUCACUUAUUGACCUUUCUCCUUUCCCCCUCCUUAUAUGAAUGGACUAUCAUAUAUCUAAUUUCCUCAGAAAUAUCAUCUGAAAGAGCAACACAUUUAACCUAAUGACCAUAUUAACUGCAAAUUCAAUGAAAAAGUAUGGAAGAGUUUUAUACAUUUACUCGUUGUGAACAGGUUUGGGGGCAGUCAUUACAAAAAGCUCAUUUUUUCCUGUUUUUAAUUUGAACACAAUUUUACACCAUUUUAAAAUGCCAUCUUCAUUAUAUCAUAUCAUAAGAACAUUUAAUUAUACGAAACUGCUUAGAAUGAAAUCAUUUCUUUAAUGCAAUUUUUUCAUUGCUCACAGUUUUUACAGUCAAAUAUCCCAGGACAGGUGUAGCUUCUUAAAUAAUGGCUAUAAAAUAAUAUAGUAUAAUGUAAUAUAAAUUUCUCAAAAGUAAGUAUCCUCCAAAACAUAUGUUAAGAAUAUUUUUUCUUAUCAUAUAAUGCAUCGUUAUCAUUUCAGAGAUGUGUGGUUUUGUUACAACUGUAAGCUUUUCUCAACCUACUUUCUCACCUUGCUGCGUUUAAAGUUUUGUCUUCCUCCCACACUAAUCUAAUCUUCCUCCUCUCAUCGCGUCACACCAUGUCUGAUGAGCUACUUGAGUAAUCAGACAGGGGUCCUGUUCGGUGGCCUGACCCAGGACACCACACUAAGCCAUCCUCAUCAUACCCUCCAGCGCUGCUCCUAGGGCACAGAUCUGUGUGCCAGAUAUGGCAGUGAAAUCAGUCAGGCUCCAGGGUGCCCAGGAAAUGCUGAGAACUGUUUAUUUCUCCUCAAAACGAUUGAAGUCUCUGCCCGCAAGAAUGUCUGUGUUUGUGGGGAACUUGGAGAAAUGGAGACAUUACCACAGCACCAGCCUCUCAGGCCUCUCAGGAGUUCCGCGGCUGGUGCUGGGAGGCCGGUGGGACUGCCUGACUGCAGGGGACUCAUGCUCCAGUGACGAGGCAUGCAGUCCACGGCUGCGGACGCUGCGGCAAUGUGUGGCGGGCGGCGGCAGCGUGAAGCUGGGGCCUGGAGCGCGCAACCACUGUGAGAACGCUGUGAACGCUCUGCUGGCCAGCCCGCUACACCGCUGCCAGUGUAAACGCGGCAUGAAGAAGGAGAAGAACUGCCUCAGCAUCUACUGGAGCCUCAAGCAGUCUGUGUUACACGGACUGAGCCUUGUGGAGAGUUACCCAUAUGAGCCUGUGGAACGAGGGUCUGAUUACGUCCGUCUGGCUUCUAUUGCUGCAGAGUCUGAGGCGGGCAUGUCUGCAGUGAACCGCUGUCUGGACGCGGCUAAGGCGUGUAACGUGGAUGACACGUGUCAGAAGCUGCGCACCGAGUACGUGUCUGCGUGCAUCGCCCCGUCUGCGCGCGCCGGGCCCUGUAACCGCGGGCGCUGCAGCAAGGCCCUGCGCAAGUUCUUCGACCGCGUGCCGCCCGACUUCACGCACGAGCUGCUCUUCUGUCCCUGCUCGGACACCGCGUGUGCAGAGCGCCGCCGCCAGACCAUCGUUCCCGCGUGCUCGUUCGAGGAGCGUGACAAACCCAACUGCCUGGCGCAGCUGCGCGUGUGCGAGGCGGACUACGUGUGCAAGUCUCGCUGGGCCCAGUUCCAGCACGACUGCCAGCCCUCACAGCUCACUGCCAGCGGCUGCCAGCAAGACAACUACGGGGCCUGCCUCAUCGCAUACACCGGCCUGAUAGGGAGCACCAUCACUCCAAACUACUUGGAUAACUCCACUUCUAACGUUGGGCCGUGGUGCUCAUGUGCAGCCAGUGGAAAUCACAGAGAGCAGUGUAAUCUCUUCCUUGACCAUUUCCAUGACAACAUCUGCCUAAAGAAUGCCAUCCUCGCCUUUGGAAACGACACUGACCCCAAAUCAGCCGCUAACCAGCCAGGAGCAGCCAGCCCAAAUACCAUCACUCCAAACCAGCGCCUAGCUACCAGCACCAUAACCACUACCGCCAUAGGCAUGGGCGUGGAGACCCAGCAGAACAUCCUCCAUCCUCAGAUGCCCACACAGAUGAACGACAGAGACAGACUGUGGAGCGACUCCACCCUCCCCUCACCUGAUCUCUAUGACAACAGCCCUGGACGUCCCGACUCCGCAGCGUCCGUCUGGCUCCUCCCACUUCUGCUGCUGGCCCUUCACUUCUAGAAUCAAAAGCAGCCAAUUGUAGCUCAGCAGCAUGGAGUCAGGACAGUUUGUCUGUGUGGCUGUUUAUAAAUCUUAACCAUUUAUGGAUUUCAUCAUUAAUAA